AUGUCGUCCUCUUGCGACCUUGACCUCCCAUGGUUCCUCUACGUUGGCCCCUCGCCCUCGCCCUCGCCCUCGCCGACGCUCGCCCUCGCCGCGCUCAUGACCGCGCUGCAUGCACACCUGCACACGCCGAUCGCCGCGGACGACUACAACGCCUCCGCGCGGGACCCGGAGGGCGUGCUCGACAUCUGUCGGACCGACGACCUGACGGACCGCAGGAUGCUGUGGGGGCUGUGGAAGGUCUCGAGCGGGGAGGGUGAGGAGGCAGGGCGCGCACGUCAUCACACCGAAUGCACAGGUCUUGAUGGUUAG